AUGGGAGAUAUGCUGGGAUAUUAUUUCAAGAAAGGAGCGGAGGUGGAGAUAAGCAGUGAUGACGAGGCCUUUCGCGGCUCCUGGUAUGUCGGGGUCGUCAUCCGGGCGAUGUCGAAGAAGAACUCGACCAUUAUAGUGGUUUGCAAGAGCCUGAUGGCCGACGAGGAGGGGUUAGAACCGUUGCGGGAGCUAGUGGAUUUGGUGCAGUUGCGGCCGCCUCCGCCGCUUGAGCUUGGCCGCGGGUUCAAGUUCAGUGAGGAGGUCGACGUGUUCCACAAUGACGGGUUGUGGGAGGGCGUGGUCACCGAAGUGUUGGACGGUGGGAGGUGCUCCAUUUUUUUCCGUGGGUCGAGGGAGCAGAUGGAUUUUACGGCCACAGAUCUAAGGCUUCAUCGCGAAUGGGUCACUGGCAAGUGGGUUCUGCCUUUGGAAAAAAGUGAUUUGGACAAGAUUCGGCCAGAUUAUGGAGCUAAUUUAGUUAUUUGUACACACGAUGAGUUGUUCUCCAUUUCCAUUCCAUGUCAAGCUUUUGCACAUAAGGUUUACAUUAUGAAAGUCAAUCAUGAUGGUUCCGUGGCUCGUUUGGAGGAAGAGAGAUCGGGGGAGCAAGGGAAGGAGGUGAAGUCGGUGGUGGUGCUGAAGUCUAUGGUGGCUGCGGUGGAGGAAGAUGGGGUUGAAGCUGAUUUAGGGAAGAUGAAGGUUACUAUCUUCUUUUAUACUCAGAACAUUCUUAAUAAAGAUUCAUGA